AUGGGCGGUCCAUCAAAUAAAAUGCGUAAUAGGAUCGAAUUGAGGACCUCGGAGGGAUUAUCUGGGUUCAAAAUACAGAAACAUAUUGCAGUUGGAGGUGGAUUCGUGUCGAUGUGUGAAGAUUCGACGAUGGUUUCUCCUUCCGUUGCUGUCGUUGAAGUUUUGGAUUCAACGACCGAUGGCAAGAAAUACAUAACAUCGGAAGAGUUACGAAAGCACAACAAACCUAGCGACCUUUGGAUCUCAAUUCAGGGCAAGGUUUAUAACGUGACCGAAUGGUCCAAAAUACAUCCGGGCGGCGAUAUCCCCCUCUUGAAUCUCGCGGGUCAGGACGUGACGGACGCGUUCAUCGCUUUCCACCCGGGGACCGCCUGGCAACACCUCCAAAACCUCUUCACGGGUUACCACCUAAAAGACUACCAAGUUUCUGAUAUCUCAAAAGACUACCGAAAACUCGCCUCCGAGUUUUCAAAAGCCGGAAUGUUCGACAAAAAAGGACACGGUGUCAUCUACUCGCUCUGCUUCGUAUCCUUACUCCUUUCUGCUUGCGUAUACGGUGUUCUAUAUUCCACUAGUGUCGCUAUUCAUAUGCUUUCGGGGGCAUUAUUGGGAUUAGCUUGGAUGCAAAUUGCGUAUCUAGGCCACGAUGCCGGUCAUUACCAAAUGAUGUCGACCCGUGGAUGGAAUAAGUUUGCCGGAAUCUUCAUCGGGAAUUGCAUCACCGGAAUCAGCAUCGCGUGGUGGAAAUGGACACACAAUGCGCACCACAUCGCGUGUAAUUCCCCUCGAUUACGAUCCCGACCUCCAACAUCUCCCAAUGCUCGCGAAUCCCGGACCGAGCUUACAACAUUAUGGGGGACUCUGGUUUUUUGGACUUGGUUUCCGGUUCUUGUUUCGUGUCUCCCGAAUUGGCCGGAACGUGUGGCGUUUGUUUUGGUUAGCUUUUGUGUGACCGGAAUCCAACAUGUUCAGUUCACGUUGAACCAUUUCGCGGCUGAUGUGUACGUGGGCCCACCGAAAGGGAACAAUUGGUUUGAGAAGCAAACGAGUGGGACGAUUGAUAUCUCGUGUUCGUCUUACAUGGAUUGGUUUUUCGGUGGGUUGCAGUUUCAGUUAGAGCAUCAUUUGUUUCCGAGGUUGCCGAGGUGUCAUUUGAGGUCCAUAUCUCCGAUUGUUAGGGAGCUUUGCAAGAAACAUAAUUUGCCGUAUACGAGUUUGUCCUUCUAUGAUGCGAAUGUGACGACUCUUAAGACGCUUAGGACUGCGGCUUUACAGGCUCGUGACCUGGCCAACGGGGCCCCACAGAAUUUAGUUUGGGAAGCUUUUAAUACUCAUGGUUGA